GGGACUGGUAAUACCGGUUGCUCCGGUGGUUGAGUUGUUUUGUUUUGUCUACAUAUGUCUGGCUAUGAGAUUUGAGGGGGUUUAAGCAAAGAAGAAGAAAGACUUGGUUGUUCUUUGAUUAUAAAGAGGGUUUUUGUAUUUGGUAAUCCGAAGAAGAGUUUUUUGUGGUGAGAGAAAACAAAUCAUAUAUAGGUAGCGUUUGAUACAAGUAAAACCAAAAACAUUUUCAAUCACUUUUUUUUGGGGUUAAAAACUAAAAACAUGGGUUAGAUUGAUUGAAGUGUGUGUAAAACAAUUCUGAUUCCUUCAUCAUCUCUGAUCUCUCAUUUUCUCUCAAGAAUUUGUCUGAAAAUUUCAUUUUUUAAAAAAUGUUUAUCGUCUUGGAAAGUUGGAAUACUCUAUCUGGGAACUGAAGAUUCUUAGAAAGAUCGUGGAGUGAGUUUUCAUUUAUUGCUUAUCGCUAGUGGCAAUCACUAUCAUUGUGUUAUGCAUCCAAGUAAUGGUGUCGCAUAAAGUCUUGGAAUUUGGAGACGAUGGUUACAAAUUGCCUGCUCAAGCUCGAGCUCCGAGAUCAGUCCGGAAGAGGCGCAUUUACGAGAAGAAAAUGUGCGCGAUUGACUUAUUGGCCACCGUAGCUGGAAACUUACUGCUCGAGAGCGAAAGCUCGGUAAAUGUGGGUGAAGAUAAGUGUGUAGUUGUACAAAAUACUGUAAAGAAGGAGUUCCCGGCUGAUGAAAACCCCGUAAAGGCGUUACCUUUCUCUAAAGAUGAUAUUUACCAAGGAUCCCCGAGCCCAUUUGACAAUGGCCAGUGUGGAUUUAGCUCUGUGAUAACAAAUCCUAAUCACUCGUUGGUAGGUGACAAAGUAGAGGAGGUGGAGGGUUUUAGUAACUUGGGUCGUAGUGAUUCUUGUAAAGUCAGAAACUUUAGUAAGGAUCUUAAUCCGGGUGUGAAUGGUGAUGUAAAACCUGAUGUUGUAGCUAGUAUAGGUAGUAACAGUAGUACCGAGGUGGGAGCAUGUGGGAACGGUAGUCCCAAUGAUUCUCGGGAUGAUGUAAAUUUAUUUAGUAGAAAUGAUGAUGAUGAAAACUUCUCUGGGUACAUUCGCCCUCGUCUGACUAGGCCUGUGCCUCGUAUUGGAGACAGAAGAAUCAGGAAGAUAUUGGCAUCUAGACACUGGAAAGGAGGAUCAAAGAACAGCGCAGAUGCAAAACCAUGGUAUUGCUCAAAGAGGAGUUAUUACUUGCACAAUCAUCAGAAGAGUUAUCCCAUCAAGAAAAGGAAAUACUUUGACAGUGUUUCUGAUUCGAACUCUGAUGAUUACCAUUUGCAAGGAAAGACACAUAAAGGAAACAGAACACUAUCUUCCAUGAAAAGUCGAAAUGCGUCUUAUGUGUCAAGGGACCAUCAUGUGAGGCUGCGGAUCAAGUCUUUCAGAGUGCCUGAGCUUUUCAUAGAGAUUCCAGAAACUGCUACUGUUGGCUCAUUGAAGCGGAUGGUGAUGGAAGCAGUGACAACCAUACUGGGUGAUGGACUCCGAGUCGGGUUGAUGGUUCAAGGAAAGAAAGUCCGAGAUGAUAGCCAAACCCUUCUUCAGACUGGGAUCUCUGAGGAGAACACUCACUUGGAUUCUCUGGGUUUCAGCCUUGAGCCUAGCUUAGAAACCACCCCUCAACCAUUGUUAUCCAGUUAUUUGUCAGAGCAUGCCUGUGAUGAUUUGAUGUUAUGCCACGACAAUGUGGUGGAUCCUGAUCAUUACUCAGCACCAUCCCCAGCUGACUCAUUUGGAAAACUAGGCUCAACAGAUGAUUCUAGAGCUUUAGUUCCUAUUGCAUCAGCAGCUUUGUUGGCUCCUCGGGCUCCAAACCGCAAGUUUAAAAGGACGGAGCAACAGCAAGCUGCACAUCGCAGAAUUCGCCGACCUUUCUCAGUUACUGAAGUGGAAGCACUAGUCCAAGCUGUUGAGAAUCUUGGAACCGGAAGGUGGAGAGACGUUAAGGUUCGUGCUUUUGAGGACGCAGACCACCGUACCUAUGUUGAUCUCAAGGAUAAAUGGAAGACGCUGGUUCACACGGCGAGGAUAUCGCCACAGCAGCGAAGGGGAGAGCCGGUGCCACAGGAUCUUCUGGACCGUGUUUUGAAGGCGCAUGCUUACUGGUCACAACACCUAAUGCAUCAACUGCAGACCGAGCCACCAUCCUCUUAUGCAUAGACUAUAUAUAAUCUAAACAGGUUCCUAUUCUAAGGGACCUUUGUGAAUUAUGAUGAUGGUGAUCCAUCUUGUAAGCUAAGAUGCUGACAUAGUUGAAAGAUCUCUGGUUUCAUUUUUUUUGGAUUUUUUUUUCUUUUUUCUCAAGUGUAAAGUUUUAUGUUGGAAUAAGGUAGUUUUCUAACAAUGUAAGGGAUUUGUUGUAAAUUUUUUUGUGAUAUUUUUUAUUUCUCAAAAUGAUAUCAACAUUUUUAUUUUA